AUGGAUGAACUAGAUGACAAUGGUACCAAUAAAAGAGUGCUAUCGUCGCGUAUGAAGGAUGAGACGAGAGCCCGGAAAGCCGGCAAGCUGAUGAGCGACCGCGCCAUCCUUCUCGAAACGAUACAUGAUAAAUUGGCCAAGUAUGAUGACUUUCUUCUGAAAACACGAGAAAUCAAUGCCCUCGAGAAGCCCUCGGAUCGAGACUAUAUUAGUAUGAGAACAUGGUUCUGUAACAUGAAGCCGUUCAGUUACCAGCCUGAGGAAGAGUUCAUUAAGAGAAAGCGUGAUCUAGUGACACUGCGACCGAACACCGAAUGGGGCCACUUCGACGAAUGGAUCGAGGAAGGCAUCGAACGCUUACCCACAAGGAUCGGGAGAGUUACGUCCGCCGGAAAAUCCACCGCCACUAUUGAGGCGAUGGGCAUCUUGGUGGCUUUCAUUUUCCUGUUUUCAGUGACGAUGGGCUUGCUGACGGGGGCAAAAAGACAAGAACUGUUCGCAGCUUCAGCCGCAUAUGCAGCGGUGCUUGUUGUAUUCUUGGGCAAUCUCGGGAACGUCGGCAACCGCAAAUAA